AGGAACUUCAUAUGCUGCAGGCAUGGCCCUAAAGAGACCAAAAAAAAAAAUUUUUUUUUCACUGUGUCAGGUGGGCAUAACAUGGCAUCUUAUGGCUAAUUGUAUUUUUAUUUCUAAAGAAAACCACAGUUCUAUGUGUGAUUUCCUUCUGCACAACCUGCUCGUAGCCGUUAACAGCCUAGAUCCCUUAUAUUAGCAAAAAUCCAUUUCCAGUAAUUUGGUGAGAAUAGUCACAGGGGAGUUUUACAUCUGUGCUGGGAGGCUUUGCUGAUGGGAGAAAUGCUCAGCCUCCAUGCUGGAGCCAGGCUCUGCCUGAGUCAGGAGCCAGGCCCCUGGUAAAUGGCACCUCUGGCUUUGCUUUCUUUUCUGGUGUUGGUUGGUCCAAGGGGCCCAGCUGGAUGGGGCUGAGCACCAGCCAUCUGGAGUCAGUGAAGAAUUACUGCCCAGGGUCACCCUGAGGGCCAUGUCGCCCUGCACACCCCCCAACCUCUGCCUCUUCCCUGAAGAAAUAAAGGGUUGGAUUUCACCGUAAUGCGACCCACAGGAAAAAAAAAAAACUGCUGCUGAGGCUAAAGCCCUAGAGUGACAGCUGGCGAAGAGAGACGUAUCCGUCUUGCUGAACCCAGGGCUACAGUGGGUGAGCCAGGAGGGUGUCGCCUCCGGGGAGGGACGACCCCCUACCCCAGGUUUUGGCCACACAGGGCCCCGAUGGAGGAUGGCACAGCAAGGUCGUUCAACAAUAUGACCAGGUGCCGGGGACAUGGGCAGCAAGCUCUCCAUGCCAGGCGGCGACCCCACAGCACGGAGCCCCAGGACAGAAGGCAUUCAUGAUGCCUACAAGCGAGGAGAUCCCAGCAGGGCCCGGCACCUGCUCAGAGAAGCUUGUGAUGAGAGUACAUCUCAGCUGGAAAAGGGCCAGCUCCUGAGUAUCCCCGCAGCCUAUGGGGAUCUGGAGACCGUCCGGUAUCUUCUCACGGAGAGGCUGGUGGAGCUGCCGACGGAGCCCACUGAUGACAACCCAGCCGUGGUGGCAGCACAGUUUGGGCACACUGACGUCGUGCAAGAGUUACUGGAGUCUUUGCCAGGUCCCUGCAACCCCCAGCGGCUGCUGAACUGGAUGCUGGCCCUGGCCUGCCAGCGGGGACACCUGGCAGUGGUGAAGCUCCUGGUACUGACGCACGGGGCCGACCCUGAGAGCUAUGCGGUCAGGAAGAAUGAGUUCCCUGUCAUCGUGCGCCUGCCACUCUACGCAGCCAUCAAGUCAGGGAAUGAAGACAUUGCCAUAUUCUUGCUUCGGCAUGGGGCCUUUUUCUGUUCCUACAUCUUACUGGACAGUCCUGAUCCCAGCAAGCAUCUUCUCAGGAAGUAUUUCAUCGAAGCCAGUGCGUUGCCCAACAGUUGUCCAGGAAAAAUGGCUCUUCAUGUGAAAUGGUCCCACCUCAAGCUGCCCUGGGUGGAUCUGGACUGGCUCAUCGACAUCUCCUGCCAGAUCACGGAGCUGGACCUUUCUGCCAACUGCCUGGCAUCCCUCCCCUCGGUCAUCCCCUGGGGACUGAUCAACCUCCGGAAGCUGAACCUCUCAGACAACCACCUGGGGGAGCUGCCCAGCGUGCAGUCAUCGGACGAAAUCAUCUGUUCCAGGCUCCUGGAAAUUGACAUUUCCAGCAACAAGUUGUCCUACCUCCCACUGGGAUUCCUGCACCUCUCCAAACUUCAGAAACUGACAGCUUCAAAAAAUUAUUUGGAAAAAUUGUUCGAAGAAGAAAGUGCCACGAACUGGAUUGGUUUACGGAAGCUACAGGAACUCGAUAUUUCUGACAAUAAAUUGACAGAACUCCCCGCACUUUUCCUUCAUGCUUUCAAGUCACUCAGUUGUCUGAAUGUCUCCAGAAAUAAUCUGAAAGUGUUUCCAGAUGCCUGGGCCUGCCCUUUGAAAUGUUGCAAAGCAUCCAAAAAUGCCCUGGAGUCUCUACCAGACAAAAUGGCUGUGUUUUGGAAGAACCACCUUAAGGAUGUGGACUUCUCAGAAAAUGCACUCAAAGAAGUUCCCCUGGGACUUUUUCAGCUUGAUGCCCUUCUGUUCUUGAAGUUACAGGGAAACCAGCUGGUGGCGCUGCCACCUCAAGAGAAGUGGACCUGCAGACAACUCAAAACCCUGGAUCUCUCCAAAAACCAAUUUGGCAAAAAUGAAGAUGGACUUAAAACAAAGCGAAUUUCCUUUUUCACCACCAGAGGCCGCCAGCGUUCAGGGACAGAGACAGCAUGUGUGCUGGAAUUCCCAGCCUUCCUGAGUGAGUCUUUGGAAGUCCUGUGUCUGAACGACAAUCACCUGGACGCAGUCCCACCCUCGGUUUGCCUACUGAAGAGCUUAUCAGAACUCUACCUGGGAAACAAUCCUGGCCUCCGAGAGCUCCCUCCCGAGCUGGGGCAACUGGGCAACCUCUGGCAGUUGGACAUUGAAGACCUGAAUGUCAACAACGUGCCUGCGGAGAUCAGAAAAGAAGGCCCCAAAGCCAUGCUGUCUUACCUGCGUGCUCAGCUGCGGAAGGCGGAAAAGUGUAAGCAGAUGAAGAUGGUCAUCGUGGGUCCUCCUCGUCAGGGCAAGUCCACCCUCCUGGAGAUCUUACAGACGGGGAGGGCCCCCCAGGUGGCGCACGGCGAGGCCACCAUCAGGACUACCAAAUGGGAGCUCCAGAGGCCGGCUGGCUCAAGAGCUAAGGUUGAGUCCGUGGAGUUCAACGUCUGGGACAUUGGCGGCCCUGCCAGCAUGGCCACCGUCAACCAGUGCUUCUUCACGGACAAGGCUCUGUAUGUGGUGGUCUGGAACCUGGCACUGGGGGAAGAGGCUGUGGCCAACCUCCAGUUCUGGCUUCUCAACAUUGAGGCCAAGGCCCCAAACGCCGUGGUGCUGGUUGUCGGAACACACUUGGACCUAAUCGAAACCAAAUUCCGCGUGGAGAGGAUCGCCACGCUGCGCGCCUACGUGCUGGCUCUCUGCCGCUCGCCCUCCGGCUCCAGGGCCACUGGCUUUCCGGACAUCACCUUCAAACACUUACACGAGCUUUCCUGUAAGAGCCUGGAAGGUCAGGAAGGGCUGCGGCAGCUCAUUUUCCAGGUCACGUGCAACAUGAAGGACGUGGGUAGCACCAUCGGCUGCCAGCGACUGGCAGGGAGGCUGAUCCCCAGGAGCUACCUGGGCCUCCAAGAGGCCGUGCUGGCGGAGCAGCAGCGUCGCAGCCGGAGCGAUGACGUGCAGUACCUGACAGACAGGCAGCUGGAGCAGCUGGUGGAGCAGAUGCCCGACAACGACAUCAAGGACUACGAGGACCUGCAGUCCGCCAUCAGCUUCCUCAUUGAAACCGGCACGCUGCUCCACUUCCCAGACACCAGCCACGGCCUGAGGAACCUCUACUUCCUCGACCCCAUUUGGUUGUCCGAAUGUCUGCAGAGGAUCUUCAACAUCAAGGGUUCCAGGUCAGUGGCCAAGAACGGGGUGAUCAGAGCGGAGGACCUCAGGAUGCUGCUGGUUGGGACCGGCUUCACGAAGCAGACAGAAGAGCAGUAUUUCCAGUUUCUGGCCAAGUUUGAGAUCGCCCUGCCAGUUGCCAACGACAGCUAUCUCCUGCCACAUCUCCUUCCGUCCAAACCCGGUCUGGACACCCACGGCAUGCGGCACCCCACGGCCAACACCAUUCAGAGGGUGUUUAAGAUGAGCUUCGUUCCUGUUGGCUUCUGGCAAAGGUUUAUAGCACGGAUGCUGAUCAGCCUGGCCGAGAUGGACCUCCAGCUUUUUGAAAACAAGAAGAAUACUAAAAGCAGGCACAGGAAAGUCACCAUUUACAGUUUUACAGGAAACCAGAGAAAUCGCUGCAGCACAUUCAGAGUGAAAAGAAAUCAGACCAUCUAUUGGCAGGAAGGGCUCCUGGUCACUUUUGACGGGGGCUACCUCAGUGUGGAGUCCUCAGACGUGAACUGGAAGAAGAAAAAAAGUGGGGGAAUAAAAAUCAUCUGCCAGUCGGAAAUGAGGGACUUCUCAGCAAUGGCUUUUAUCACAGACCAUGUCAACUCCUUGAUUGAUCAGUGGUUUCCCGCCCUGACAGCCACAGAGAGCGAUGGGACCCCCCUGAUGGAGCAGUACGUGCCCUGCCCGGUGUGUGAGACCUCCUGGGCCCGGCACACCGACCCAAGUGAGAGAUCGGAGGACGUACAAUACUUCGACAUGGAGGACUGCGUGCUGACGGCCAUCGAGCGGGACUUCAUCUCGUGCCCCAGGCACCCCUACAUCCCUGUGCCUCUCCAGGAGCUGGUGCCCGAGCUGUUCAUGACCGAUUUCCCAGCCAGGCUCUUCCUGGAGAACAGCAAGCUGGAGCACAGCGAGGAUGAGAGCGCCAUCCUGGGGCAAGGUGGGAGCGGCACCGUCAUCUACCGGGCCAGGUACCAAGGCCAGCCCGUGGCGGUGAAGCGAUUCCAGAUCAAGAAAUUCAAGAACUUUGCUAAUGCCCCUGCAGACACCAUGCUGAGGCACCUGCGGGCCACGGACGCCAUGAGGAACUUCUCAGAGUUCCGGCAGGAGGCCAGCACCCUGCAUGCCCUGCAGCACCCCUGCAUCGUGGCCCUCAUUGGCAUCAGCAUCCACCCACUCUGCUUCGCCCUGGAGCUCGCCCCGCUGGGCAGCCUCAAUACCGUGCUGUCUGAGAAGGCAAAAGACUCUUCCUUUAUACCCCUGGGACACAUGCUCACCCAAAAAAUAGCCUACCAGAUAGCCUCCGGCCUGGCCUACCUGCACAAGAAAAACAUCAUCUUCUGUGACCUGAAGUCAGACAAUAUUCUGGUCUGGUCUCUGGACGUCAAGGAGCACAUCAACAUCAAGCUGUCAGACUAUGGCAUCUCCCGGCAGUCGUUUCACGAGGGCGCCCUUGGCGUGGAGGGCACUCCCGGCUACCAGGCCCCAGAGAUCAGGCCUCGCAUCGUGUAUGAUGAAAAGGUAGACAUGUUUUCCUAUGGGAUGGUGCUCUAUGAGUUGCUGUCCGGACAGCGGCCUGCACUGGGCCACCACCAACUUCAGAUUGCCAAGAAGCUGUCCAAGGGCAUCCGCCCAGUCCUGGGGCCACCGGAGGAAGUGCAGUUCCAUCGACUCCAGGCUCUCAUGAUGGAGUGCUGGGACACGAAGCCUGAGAAGCGACCGCUGGCCCUGGCAGUGGUGAGCCAGAUGAAGGACCCGACCUUCGCAACCUUCAUGUACCAGCUGCCCUGUGGGAAGCAGACGGCCUUCUUCUCGUCCCAGGACCAAGAGUACAUGGUGGUGUUCUGGGACGGGAAAGAGGAGUCUAGGAACUACACAGUGGUGAACACAGAGAAGGGCCUUCUGGAAGUGCAGCACAUGAGCUGUGCUGGAAUGAAGUUGAGCUGCCAGCUCAAGGUCCAGAACUCUCUGUGGACGGCCACUGAGGACCAGAAGAUCUACAUCUACAGCCUCAAGGGCAUGUGCCCGUUGAACAUGCCCCAGCAGGCUUUGGACACCCCAGCCAUCGUCACCUGCUUCCUGGCAGUGCCUGUUAUAAAAAAGAAUUCCUACCUGGUGUUGGCGGGCCUGGCUGAUGGGCUUGUGGCUGUGUUUUCCGUGGUGCGGGGCGCCCCAGACAACAGCUGCUCCUACCUGUGCUCACACACAGCCAACAGGUCCAGGUUCAGCAUCCCAGACGAAGACGCGCGGCAGAACCCCUACCCUGUGAAGGCCAUGGAGGUGGUCAACAGCGGGUCUGAGGUCUGGUACAGCAAUGGGCCGGGCCUGCUGGUCAUCGACUGCAUGGCCCUGGAGAUCCGCAGGCGGCUGGAGCCUUACUCAGCCCCUUCGGUGGUCAUGUCGGUCGUGUGCAGCUCUGAGUGCCGUGGGGAGGAGGUCGUCUGGUGCCUGGACGACAGGGCCAACUGCUUGGUGAUGUACCACUCAGCCACCUACCAACUGUGCGCCCGCUACUUCUGCGGGGACCCUAGCCCCCUCAGGGACGUGUUUCCUGUGCACCCCAUGGGCCCGGAGCCCCUGCUCAGCCCCAUCGCCAGCCCGAAGGAGCCCCAGAAGGACUCCCUGGCGGACGUGAGCAUCAUGUACAGUGAGGAGCUGGGAACACAGAUCCUGACCCACCAGGACUCGCUGACUGACUACUGCUCCGUGUCCUCCUACUCCUCGUCCCCAUCCCACCGGGUGCCCACAUCCCUUUCCAGCGUGCCCUGCUCCCCAGCAAGCUCCUCCAGUCUGCUUUUUUCCACUGACAGCGGGGACACCAGCAGGCUGCUGGAGCCCACCCUGGGCUCCGAUAGGCCUGAGCAUGACCUGAGCCCCGUGGACGGUGAGGCAUUCAGCCAGCACUUGCAGGCAGUGAAGAUCCUGGCCGUGAAAGAUGUCAUCUGGGUCCCCAGGCGUGGUGGAGAUAUUAUCGUCAUCGGCCUGGAGAAGGAUGCAGGUGCCCAGCGGGGCCGAGUCAUCGCCGUCUUGAAAGCCCGAGAGCUGACUUCACGUGGGGUGCUCAUGGAUGCGGCCGUGGUGGCCAAGGACACAGUUGUGUGCGGCUUUGAGAACGAAAACCUGGAGUGGUGCCUGGCUGUCUGGAGGGGCUGGGGCACCCGGGAGUUUGAUGUUUUCUACCAGUCCUACGAGGAGCUGGGCCGGCUGGAGGCCUGCAUUCGGAAGAGAAGAUAAUCCCUGUGGAAGGAGCGUUUCUCGGACCUGGCCCCUCCACCUGCAGCCUGGAGCCCCCUGAGGACCCAGAAGGUGGAUCAGGUUCUCCUCUGAAUCACUUGCUGCUAAAAAGUGCUGAGAAGUUCCCACCUCUCUGCAGGUUUGGGGUGCUCCUGUUCUAAGGCACAAGUUCGCUGGACACCCCCACCCCACUCCGGGCUGGUUUUACCCCAACGGAAGACGGUGGGGUCUGAUUGGGAGGAACUCCCCCGCCCCCUCCGUCCACUUUCAGGGCUGGGCUGGGUCACAUGAAGGGGGGCUGGGCCUCACCAGCACAAUGGGCCUCCCCACUUUAACCCCCACAUCUGGGGUGGAAUUACAUGAGGGGCUCUCCAUUGGGGAGCGGUUCAGGGCAGGGAGGGAGGGGAGCUGUGACCCCUGCCCCUUCUCUGAGUGGCUCCCAGGCUCUCAGCACGUUUCUCAAGCUCCCGGGUCCCCGGGGCCCGAGGCCCCGCUCGGGCAGUCAGAGAUCAGGUGUCUCCUGCUCUGGAAAGUGUGUGAAAAAGCUCAGAAGGACCCCAGUGAGGAGCACUGCCCGAUCUGGGGAAUGAAUGGGUUCCUUUAAGUGAUGGGGCUGGAAAGCCAAGAGCCAGCCCAGGGCUGAGAGCACUGACUCAGCCUUUGCAUUUCUUCUCCUGCCCCCAGAAGGCAGGAGAGACCCGAUCAGCAGGACUUGAGAAAGGGCCUGUGUUUACAGCUUUGUGAAAUAAACUUGGACACAGCUGGGGCACAAGCCCUGUUUGUUUGCACAUCAUAAUCUCGUUUAUCACUUUAACAAAUUAAGUCCAUAUCUCAGUGGUUAGGCCUCUGAUUGUGAAAUCUUGUCCUAUGGGGCUUACAUCAAAAUAUGUAUUCGCUAAACAUUUACUGCACAGCACAUACAGCACAGUAAAAAAGUGACAUUGUUAAUGAGGGAAUGUGGGUAAGUAGGCACAUGUGCACAUGCGCUCGUGUGCACUCGCACCCGCGUGCACAAACAAGAAUGCACACAUGUCCACGCCGUUCUCAAGAGGAACCAUUGGAAGCUGCUUGACCCAGAAUGGGAGUAUGAAUGAAAGAUCGUGCACCAGUUCAAGUUGUUGACCUUUUUCUAAAAUUAAAUUAUAAAAAUCAAACUUAAGAUUUUGCCAGAGUAUGUGGGCAAAUGUAAUUCCUCUUAUCUGAAAAUAAACAGACUGUCUCAAGAA